UAGCGUGAAAACAUUGUUUGAUCGAUGUGAUCGCAAUCGCAACAAUAGAAAGGCAUUGAUCGAGAAAGAAAAGGUAUUUGGAUCGCAGAAUCAAUCAAGAUUGAUUGAUGGGUUCGAGCGACGACAUGCCGGCGGGCACGGUGAAGAACAUUCUGGAGCAAGAAUCGCUCAAGUGGGUAUUCGUCGGCGGCAAAGGCGGAGUCGGGAAGACUACGUGCAGCUCCAUCAUGUCAAUUCUGCUCGCCAAAGUUCGGCCCUCUGUGCUCAUAAUCUCCACCGACCCCGCCCACAACCUCAGCGAUGCGUUCCAGCAGAGGUUCACCAAGAACCCCACCCUCGUUAGCGGCUUCACAAACUUGUACGCAAUGGAAGUUGAUCCUAAUGUGGAUAAUGAGGAAAACCUUAGUUCAGAUGGGGCCGAUGGGUUUAUGUCAGACUUGACAAAUUCCAUCCCAGGAAUCGAUGAGGCUAUGAGUUUUGGAGAAAUGCUCAAGCUAGUGCAGACUAUGGAUUAUUCUGUUAUAGUGUUUGAUACAGCUCCAACUGGUCACACUCUUCGGUUGUUACAAUUUCCCUCGACAUUAGAGAAGGGUCUUUCAAAGCUAAUGAGUUUGAGGAAUAAAUUUGGUGGAUUGUUCACCCAGAUGACUCGCAUGUUUGGUGUUGGUGAUGAUUUUGGUGAGGAUGACAUCUUAGGGAAGCUUGAAAGUAUGAAAGAUGUGAUCGAACAAGUAAACAGGCAAUUUAAGGAUCCCGAUUUGACUACUUUCAUCUGUGUUUGCAUUCCGGAGUUCCUGUCUCUGUAUGAAACUGAGCGACUAGUUCAAGAGCUUACAAAAUUUGAGAUAGAUACUCAUAAUAUCGUUAUUAACCAAGUAAUAUUUGACGAAGAAGUUGUUGAGUCAAAAUUGCUCAAAGCUAGAAUGCAGAUGCAACGGAAGUAUCUGGAUCAGUUCUACGUAUUGUAUGAUGACUUCAACAUAACUAAGUUACCAUUGCUGCCCCAGGAGGUUUGCGGAGUUCAAGCCUUGCAAGCAUUUUCACAACAUUUUUUGACACAAUAUGAAGCAUCUAUUCAACGCGGGACGGUAGAGGAGGUGGAGCAGAGAGUAUUGAUCUUAAAAGAACAGCUCAAAGGAGCUGAAUUGGAACUUGAAAGUGUUAAAAAAGGGAAACAGAAGGCUUGAACAGUCAGCAUUGCAGCCCCUGACUUUGUCUCAUUUCAACUCCAACAUGGGUAUCAUUAGCAUGUGUAGUUAAUUUAAAUCUUGCAGAAACUCUUUUUCCUCAAGGCCAAUAAGGGAAGAUUUAUUUUUUAAUUUU